UUAGCUUCUUAAAUGUAUCCAGAGGUUUGAGGGAAACGAUACACUGCGAGCUUUCGGACUUUUAAAAAGAUUGGUAUAUCUAUAACAAGCUGCCUUCGAGGUCUUGUUGUCUGUGAGCAGAAACUUGGGCACUUACGUUACCAGACGCACUGACGGUAACUCAUUUAACGUAAUUAUCAACGGCUGCUGAAGACUUGGACCUUUAAAAGUCUUCACCACUGUCAAGAGGAGUUUUAUUAUGAGGUUUUUCUACAUUUCGGCAACGAACACAGCGUAACUGUAAGUAAGCAUUAACAAUGGUAGCUACUCUGCUGAGUGGUGUAGCGUAGAAGCUGCGUAAAACAGGAGCGAAAAGAGCCGGGCAGGUAGACGGGCUGCUACUCCGUUGCGAUGGGCAACCGUGGGAUGGAGGAGCUGAUCCCGCUGGUCAACCGCCUGCAAGAAGCCCUGAGCGGCGUGGGACAGAGCUGCAGCCUCCAUCUUCCGCAGAUCGCGGUUGUGGGCGGACAGAGCGCAGGAAAAAGCUCCGUCCUGGAAAGUUUUGUGGGCAGAGACUUCCUUCCACGUGGUUCAGGAAUUGUCACUCGCAGACCUUUAAUUCUUCAGCUGCUCAGUGCUGACACUGAGUACGGUGAAUUUCUCCAUUGUAAGGAAAAGAAUUUCACAGACUUUGAUGAGAUUCGCCAGGAGAUAGAGGCAGAGACGUGCAGAGUCACAGGAUCUAAUAAGGGCAUCUCUCCUAUCCCCAUUAGCCUACGGAUAUAUUCACCACAUGUGCUGAACCUGACUCUUGUGGACCUGCCCGGCAUCACCAAGUUGCCUGUGGGUGACCAGCCAGCAGAUAUAGAGUACCAGAUACGAGACAUGAUCAUGCAGUAUAUCUGUAAGGAAAACUGUCUCAUUCUGGCUGUCACGCCUGCCAACACUGACCUGGCCAACUCUGAUGCACUGAAACUGGCCAAAGAUGUUGACCCACAGGGCCAGCGUACAAUAGGCGUAAUCACUAAACUGGACCUGAUGGAUAAAGGAACAGAUGCCCGCGAAAUACUAGAGAACAGGUUGCUUCCCCUACGCAGAGGUUACAUAGGAGUGGUGAACCGCAGUCAGAAGGACAUUGAUGGGAAAAAGUAUAUUAAGGCAGCUCUGCUUGCAGAGGAAAAGUUCUUCCUGUCCCACCCGGCCUACAGACACAUGGCUGCAAGCAUGGGCACACCAUAUUUACAAAAAAUCCUCAACCAGCAACUGACAAACCACAUUCGAGACACUCUGCCAGCCUUCCGCAGUCGUCUGCAGAACCAGCUUCUGGCUGUGAACAAAGAGGCUGAAGAGUACAAACAAUAUAAUCCUGAUGACCCUGCAAGCAGGACCAAGACACUUCUACAGUCAGUUCAGCGCCUGGCUGUCGACUUUGAGAAGCUAAUCGAAGGCUCAGGGGACAAAAUAGACACCAUUAAUCUGUCAGGAGGUGCAAAGAUAAACCGAAUCUUCCAUGAGCGCUUCCCCUAUGAACUGGUCAAGAUUGAGUCUGAUGAGGGGAAGCUGCGGCAGGAGAUCACCUAUGCCAUCAGAAACAUCCAUGGUGUCAGGACAGGUCUGUUCACUCCUGACAUGGCCUUUGAAGUGAUAGUCAAGAAACAGAUAACAAACCUAAAGGGGCCGUGUAUUCAAUUUGUGGAUCUGGUCAGUCAAGAACUAUUCACCACUGUGUACCAGUGUGUCAACAAGCUUAGUUCCUUUCCCAAACUGCAAGAUGAAACAGAGAAAAUUAUAACCACUGAAAUUCGGGAGCAAGAGAGUAAAUGCAGAGAUCAGAUCUUGUUGCUCAUCGACAUACAGCUUGCGUACAUAAAUACCAAACACGAAGAUUUCAUUGGCUUUGCGAAUGCCCAGCAGAUGUACAACCAAAGCAAUAAGAAGAUUGCUGUAGGGAUUGCAGGAAACCAGGGUGUGGCCCCUCUCUCAAGUCUAAUAGUCAUACGCAAGGGCUGGCUGAUCGUCAACAACAUCGGCAUCAUGAAAGGUGGAGCCAAGGAGUACUGGUUCAUUCUCACUGCUCAGAGCCUGUCCUGGUUCAAGGAUGAUGAGGAGAAGGAGAAGAAGUACAUGCUUCCUCUGGACAACUUAAGGCUCAGAGACGUGGAGAAGGGUUUCAUGUCCAGCAAAUUCGUCUUUGCUAUCUUCAACACACAGUCAAGGAACGUGUAUAAGGACUACAAAUCUCUGGAGUUGGCCUGUAACACUCAAGACGAGCUGGACAGCUGGAAGGCUUCUCUGCUCCGGGCCGGAGUCUACCCUGAGAAAGUCACCGGAAAUGGAGCUGUGGACAGCUUCAUAGACCCCCAGCUGGAGCGCCAGGUGGAAACCAUUCGUAACCUGGUUGACUCCUACAUGGGCAUCAUCUACAAGACCAUCAGGGACAUAAUGCCGAAGGCAAUCAUGCACCUCAUGAUCAACAACGUGAAAGAGUUCAUUAGCUCGGAGCUUCUGGCCCAACUCUACGCUCUGGGAGAAUGCUCAGCACUGAUGGAUGAGUCACCGGAGCAGCAGCGGCAUCGGGAGGAAGUGCUCUGCAAACACACUGCCCUGAAGGAGGCGCUCGCUGUCAUUGGAGAGAUCUCCACCUCUACCUGCUCCACCCCCCUGCCUCCACCUGUAGACUCUUCCUGGAUACAGACCUCCAGCCCUAAAAAGCCAAUGACUCGUGGCCAUGCCCCACCUGCUCCUCGGGUUCCUGCUCACACUGGACGCAAUGCUUCCCCGAGUACUGAUGGCUUUCAGCAGCUCACAGGCCAAUUCCCUCGUGCUCCAUCUUCUGUUCCAAGGAGGCAUCCGCCAGCAAUCCCAAAUGUGAAAUAACGGUCCAUAUGGUUCAGAACUCCAUUACCCAUCUGCCCCAGUGAUCCUUCCAGCUGCAGCUGACUGCUACCCCAGAGACAACCCUGACCUGUGUGAUGUGUAAUCCAGCUGAAGCACUACGCUGAGCUUCUCUGCGACUCCUCUGGGAGCUGCAGUCUGCAAAAUUCACUGAGUCUCGAGUCUGUUUUGUACAUAUUAUCACUGGCUAUAAAUGCUGGAAUGUGCUCGACUGUCUGUUGACUUUACUCUAGUGCCUAAAACGCUGUGUAAAUAAAAAUACCAGUUAUUCUACAAUAAGAGGAAAUACAUGCACUAUUUUUUACUGUUUUUGAAUAAACAGGUGUCUUUAUUUUUUGAA